GAACAGCAGGGCCAGGCUCCCUGGGGUCUGUGGUCGCCCCGAAUGGGGAGGACUGCUGAGCCUGGUACACCCCCUAGGCCAGCCAGCACUGGGGUCUGUGGUCACCCCGAGCGUGGAGAGCUGGCAGGACACUUUGUCCUAAAGUCUGCAGAUUGUUCCCAGUACGGAAGCCGAUCCAACCAUCUCCCAGGAGCAAGACCCAGGUUUGGAGAGAAUCCAGGUCACAGCGUGUUUGGAGGGCAGCCACCACAGGGCAGAGGGAAGUCUUGCCGGACCAUCACCUUUGAGCAGUUCCAGGAGGCGCUGGAGGAGCUCGCCAAGAAGCGAUUCAAAGACAAGAGCAGCGAGGAGGCGGUUCGCGAGGUGCACAGGCUCAUUGAGGGCAAGGCGCCCAUUAUCUCAGGGGUGACGAAAGCCAUCUCGUCGCCCACAGUGUCGAGGCUCACAGAUACCACCAAGUUCACGGGCUCCCACAAGGAGCGCUUCGACCCCUCUGGCAAAGGCAAGGGCAAGGCUGGCCGCGUGGACCUGGUGGACGAGUCGGGCUAUGUGUCCGGCUACAAGCAUGCAGGCACCUACGACCAGAAGGUGCAAGGGGGCAAGUAGCCCCCGUUUCAUGCCCCGCGGCACUGCCGGUGUCCCUGGAGCAGGGACUCUGUCACCUCGCACUUCAUUACAUUCCUGUGCUCACUUGGGCAGAACUCAGAUGGGUGCCCCAGAGGGGGCUGGGGGGAGGCCAGGCCCAGGCCUCCCUCCUGCCCCGCCUCCUGCCAGAUGCCCCCAGCACUCCCCUCUCGAACCAGGUUUGGGCCCCAAUUCACUGACCCUCCUUACACACCUGCGUCCUCAACCGUUUCCAAAGUGUCUCCCAGAUCACACCACAUCGGGCACGUGGUUUGCAGGUCAAAGGGGUGUUUUAAAGGAGCUGGCUGUCAUGGCAACAGGAGGCUGUGCUGACCUCCUGACUGGCAGACACCUUCCAGGAGUCCUGAGGGUAGCAGGAGCUAAUCCCAACCAGCAGGCAACUAACCGGGCAUGGGAGGUGUCUGUGGGGCCCGAGGCCUGUACUGUGUGCAGUGGACACCACAGGGCCUUCCUGCUUUCCUGGGCAGAGGGCAGAGUGAGGCCAUCUGGCGGGGGUGCUGGGCACCUGGCACAUGUGUGGGGAAGCCGGUCACAUGGACACAAGUGUGCACACAUGCCUACAGGCCAGCUCUGUGCCAAGGGCAACGUCGGAAAAAGGAAAGCUGUGGGGGGCAGUGGGCAGUUUCCCGGCUGACCACAGUGGCCUGGACUGUGAGGGUGGAGUCAGCUCCCUUUGCUUUCCUGAGUAGACGUGGUGGCUGCCUGUGUUCUCAGAGCAGGUCUAGGAAGAUUCGGAAUGUCUGGUCCCCGUGGUGUUGCCAGGCAAGAGACACGAAGUGCUCAGACACUCCUCGCCUCACUAUGUGACAGGGCUUCUGCCCGGCCCUCCCGCUUGCCCAUCCUCACUAGCUGCACCCUGCUUGCUCGCAGACCUCCCAUUGCCACAGCCCAAGCGCCUUCUUCAACUCUCCCGAAACGACUCGGCCUAACCUCUCCCGGCCCCUCCCCCUGGAGAGCAGGACACCAGGGAGGACCCCCAAGCCUGCAGUGUCUGGGGGGUGUUUCUCUGCCAGUAGACGGCCAAACAGAGCCCAUCCAGGACCCUCCACACUGCCAGGACACACCCAGGUGGCCUGCCCUUGCCUUUCUGCACCUGGGGAGAAGCUGGCACUCCUGCUCCCUCCUGGGAAGGCUGAAGGGUGUGGCUACCCACUGUCGCAAUGGCGCACUGCCACUGUCCCUUGGCACACAAACAGCCACAGCCGCCGCGUGUGACCUGCUGGGUUGUGGUUCUGGAGUCUACCUGAGGAUGAGCCUGAGACAGUCUUGGGGAAACGCUUCCAGAGCCUGUUAGCCCGUGGCUACGGUGAGGCUUUGGCCAGGGCAGGGGUGCCCAGGGCCAGGCUCACAGCACAGGAUGGUGAGGCUCCUUCCUCACUGGCACGCAUGAGCGCCACUCGCCUCCCCUGACUCCCAGGAGUGUACCUGCUGCGGCCACAGCCCUGUGGAAGGACUCCCCCUACCUGAGUAGAGCAGGAGCCCCAGGGCUGGAGCUCCCAGCCAGCAUGGUCCGCUGAAGGUUGGGGGUCUCUGAGGCCCCUCAACAGACUGCCGCAGGCUCAUCCCCAGGUAGACCCCAACCUGAGGAUGGGGAGGACUGGCAGGCAGCUUCCAUGGCAGGCCUGGGAAGCUCAUGGUGUCUGGCAAUAAAGACCAAGGAAAAAUGAACCUCAGGCUUCGUGGCUCCUUUAGGAUGUCACCUCACCGGCCUGGGGAAGGCGGGGGGUGCCCAAGCCCAGCCCUGUGCCCCCACUGAACCUGGCUGGACCGCGUGUGAAAGGCAGAACUAACGUACAGAAACAUUUGAAAACAACUCUGAAUGCGCAGUGUGGAAUCGUCCGAUUACAGACGAGCAGUCACCGGAAUUGCCUGAUCACAGCCCAUCACAACUCCAAAGCCCUUGUGUUGAAGAGGUUGAGGACGAGCUGUCACUGGAAUCACCGAUCACAGAGAAUCGGGUCAUCAGAAUUGGCCGAUCACAGACGAGCAGUCACUGGAAUCACCUGAUCACAGAUGAGCGGGUCACUGGAGUCGUCCGAUCACAGACAAGCGGGUCACUGGAAUCACCUGAUCACAGACGAACGGGUCACCGGAGUCGCCCAAUCACAGACAAGCGGGUCACCGGAAUCACCUGAUCACAGAUGAGCGGGUCACCGGAGUCGCCCGAUCACAGACAAGCGGGUCACUGGAAUCACCUGAUCACAGACGAACGGGUCACCGGAAUCAGCCGAUCACAGACGAGCGGGUCACCGGAGUCGCCCGAUCACAGACAAGCGGGUCACUGGAAUCGCCCGAUCACAGACAAACGGGUCACCGGAAUCGCCCGAUCACAGACAAGCGGGUCACCGGAAUCACCUGAUCACAGACGAACGGGUCACCGGAAUCGGCCGAUCACAGCCCAUCACAAUUCCAAAGCCCUUGUGUUGAAGAGGCUGAAGACGAGCAGUCACCGAACAGGGCGGCUCCCCAGGUCCCGAAGCCUGAGACCCGAAGGACCCUGGCACCCUUACACCCUCGGACUCCUGCCCUCCUCGGCCUCCCUGGCCCCAGCGCGGCUCCACCCUGGGCCGCAUCUCCUGGUCGGAGGCUGCGUUUCUCCUUCUUCUGUCUAUGGGCAACCCGGUCGCCACAGUCACAGCCAAGUCACACAGAACGAACGUGACUCCAGAGGACCUCGCCCUGGAGCUGAGCCUGGCGCAGGGUCAGGACGGAGGGACAGGCGGGUUGGGGUCCGCGGGUCCCCACACGGCGUAGCACAGAGGCUCGCCAGGCCUUGCUGCUGUCUGUGGGGACGAGGGACGCUGAGGAGGGGGCACCAGGACCCUGCCUCCUGGUCACUGGUUGGCCUCAGACAAGAAUGGCCUCAAGAGCCAAGCGCAUUGGGAGCACACCAGAAACCGGCCCUGAGCACGAGAAGCGUCUCCACCCGGCCUGGGCACCACCCGACCGCGCAGGGAACAGGCCCUGUCACCGACGGGGCACUUCGUCCACGCGGCCAGCACCAACUCACCACAGCCCUUCCCAGACCUGGCUGGAAUGACCGGAGCGGCGGGGCUCAUGGCUCCCAUCUUGGCCCCUGGAGGUGAGCUCCUUCGCAGAAGUGGACCCUUCGCUCUGAGGAAAAGUUGUGGCAUGCAUUCCGAACCCUAGAACACCCCUGUGGGCUUUGUAAAUGAGAUUGAGGCUGCUGUGGCACCCAGCCUGUCCUAGCCUGGAGCACUGUGGGCUCCUGGAGGGAGAGGCCCCACACCCCUGCUCUCCCUCCACACUUCCAGGGUUGGUGCCCACGAGUCAGAGGCACGGCCUCCCCUGCAUCCCGCCCUCCCUCAACAGCCCCCAGGCUUUCCUCAGACAUGCAGGAGCCAGGAGAGCCCCCUUCUCCACUCGGCUCCAAAGGGAAUCUUUGAAAACACCCACUCUGCUCCCGUCUCUGUCACCUAGCCAGGAGGGGUAGCAAAAAUUAAGUCACGAGGGCAUAGUGGUCACCAUUGUCAGUUACAGUUUGUCUGUGGACUCUGUAAUUGCAUCUGUGUGCCGCCUCCAAACACAGAACAUUGUUUGGACAGCAGCCCCACUGCACGUAACAGACCCGUGCAUCUUCCUCAGUCAGUUUCUGAAUAUUGUGAAUUCAGGCAGGUGUGUGUUCUCUUCUGCAUGUUUUUAUGCACUGCCAAUUAGCUUCUACUAACCACGGUUCAACAGAAAAUAAAUGUGUAUUUGUGAAUAACAGAAACUGCACAGCCUGCAAACCAGGAGAGGGACAGGUUCUGUCGGGGGUGACACCAGGAGAGAGGGACAGGUUCUGUCGGGGGUGACCAGGAGGGACAGGUUCUGUCGGGGGUGACACCAGGAGAGGGACAGGUUCUGUCGGGGGUGACAUGAGAUAGGGACAAGUUCUGUCAGGGGUGACACCAGGAGAGAGGUACAGGUUCUGUUGGGGGUGACACCAGGACACAGGGACAGGUUUUGUUGGUGGGUAACACCAGGACACAGGGACAGGUUCUGUCAGGGGUGACACCUGGAGAGAGGGACAGGUUCUGUUGGUGGGUGACAUGAGGAGAAAGGGACAGGUUCUGAUGGGGGUGACACCAGGACACAGGGACAGGUUCUGUCAGUGAGCGACACCAGGAGAGGGACAGGUUCUGUCAGGGGUGACACCAGGAGGGACAGAUUCUGUCGGGGACAACACCAGGAGAGAGGGACAGGUUCUGUCGGGGGUGACACCAGGAGAGAGGGACAAGUUCUGUCGGUGGGUGACACGAGGAGAAGCGACAGGUUCUGUUCUGUCAGUGCGUGAUACCAGGAGAGAGGGACAGGUUCUGUCGGGGGUGACACCAGAAGAGAGGGACAGGUUCUGUUGGGGGUGACACCAGGAGGAGGGACAGGUUCUGUUGAGGGUGACACCAGAAGAGAGGGACAGGUUCUGUUGGGGGUGACACCAGGAGGAGGGACAGGUUCUGUUGGGGGUGACACCAGGAGAGAGGGACAAGUUCUGUCGGGGGUGACACCAGGAGAGAGGGACAGGUUCUGUCGGGGGUGACACCAGGAGAGAGGGACAGGUUCUGUUGGGAGGACAGCGCUGAUCGUGUCUCAGCAUCAGGAAAGGAGAAAGGCAGAGGGAGCGCAUUGAGAAGACUGUUCACACCAGAGUACUUAUUCAUUUUUAUUUACUGCUAUAGGAUAAGCAACCAGGUAGUGUUCAUAAGAGUUAGCUUUACCAAAAUUAAAGUUCAAAUUAUAUGUUUAAAAUAUUGUAGCAGAAGAUAUAUGUUUAUACUGGACUAUUUUUACACCUUCUAAUAUCCUGUCCCAAGUUUGGGCACAGAUGGUGGAGUUGGGCUGGCAUCAUGUCCUGUGGCCGCCCCACUUGCCUGUCAGUGCCGCUCCAUCCCAGACCCCAGGGGUGCCAGCUCAGGGCCGAACACAGCAGUCCUGCGUGGGCAUCACCUCCUACCCCGGCCCCCACCCUGGGCUGCUGCAGCUGCCUACUUUUGUGAAUGGUGUUUUGUUGGCACAGGGCCUGUCCUGUGUGUUCACACAUGCCUGUGGCUCCUUCUGCUGUACAACUGGAGUGGGGAGGAGUUGAGAUGGAGACGCCUUGGCCCUGGACACUUAUCUGUCCCUCUACUGGCCCAGCUCAUCUCCUCCUGUGGGCAAUCACGUGUGCACUGGCCACCCUCCCACCCCACACCACACACCAUUAGGGGAUGGCACAGCGGGACGAUGAGGCUGGACAGUGAUGUUAUCAAUAGGCCAGAACAUCCUUCAAACACUGAACCUGCAUCUUUCCUCCUCUUACUACUGAAAAAUUUGUGUGCUCUGGUGGUCCAGAGUGUGGCAUUUGUCCCCUGGCCUGUGUUGGGGAAUAAUGGGCACAGUGAGAUGCUUGACUUCUUUCUUUCGACCUCUUAAAAAACUAAACUAAGCCAAACCACAAAAGAAAUCUGCACAACUUAAGAGAAACUUGAAAGGGAGCGUGUAACUACUAGUUUGUACUAAGGUUUUUUUCAAGAAAGGGAAACAAAUUUAUAUAUAUAUAUAUAUAUGUGCAAUAUAUUUUUACACUGUGUGAUUAACAUAAGGGAGUACUGAGCGUAUCACUUUAUCAGUGUGACGGGUGAUGUCCAUGUCAUGGCUGUUCUGACUCUGAAAGGCACUUCUGCCAACGUCUAAACCGCACUCACUGGGAAUGUCCGCGGGGUGGGGUGGCUGUGCUGUCCCUUCUGCAGGUGAGAGGCGUGGUGUCGCCUGUUGGACUUGCUGUUGAGCCUGGCUUGCAAACCUGUAGUGAAACAGCUCAUGUCUGUGUGCACAUGCCCCUGUGUGUCUGCUGUCAUUAACAUUGUGUGUCCAGUUGGUAAAGUGACAAAUAAAGGUGUUUUAAAACAUGGA